GUCGGCCGCGCCGCUUGGGGCUCAGGCAGGAUCUGACCCCCGUGGCGCGCGGCAGCGGAGGGAGGGCCGAGGGCUUUGGCUGCAGCGACUUCGGCUUCCCCUGGGAAGUCCCAGGGCAGGAUGCGGCGGAGCCCCCGCUCAGGCUCGGCCGCAUCCUCUCACAAUCCCGCACCCGACUUCUUCAGCGAGAACAGCAAUAGUUCCCACAGCGUGACUUCGGGGGACAGCAAUGGGCGCCGGUCCGCUGGGCCGGAGCUCGAGCAGCCCGAGGGCAGAAGGGCCCGGGGCUCGAGCUGUGGUGAGCCCGCCAUAAGCCCAGGAGUGCCCGGAGGAGACACCUGGGCAGGAAGCUCUCUGCCGAAGCCUGCGCCUCGGAGCCACAAUGGCCAGACCGCCUGUGGCGCGGCAACCGUGAGGGGCGGGGCCUCGGAACCGGGUGAAUCUCCUGAAGUCUUGGAGGAGCAACUCAACCUUCUCCCGGCCCUGGAUCUGAGGCAGGAGAUGCCUCCCACGCGGAUGUCCAAGAGCUUCCUGAGCCUCCUCUUUCAGGUGCUGAGUGUAUUGUUAUCAGUGGCAGGAGACGCGCUGGUCAGUGUGUACAGGGAAGUCUGCUCCAUCCGCUUCCUGUUCAGUUCUUUGUCGCUCCUGAGCAUCUUUCUGGCAGUAUUCUGGUGGGGUCUCCUGUACCUGGUCCCCAUUUUGGAGAAUGAGCCUCAGGAGACGCUGACUCUAAGCCAAUACCACCAGCGCGUGCACUCCCAGAGCCAGCAGCUGCAGCAGCUGCAGAAGGAGCUGAAUAAUCUUCACAAGGAGGUGUCCAGCGUGCGCGCAGCCCACAGUGAGAGAGUGGCCAAGCUUGUGUUCCAGAGGCUGAAUGAGGACUUCGUGCGGAAACCCGACUAUGCACUGAGCUCUGUGGGAGCCUCUAUCGACCUGGAGAAGACGUCCAGUGACUAUGAAGACACCAACACUGCCUACUUCUGGAAUCGCUUGAGCUUCUGGAACUAUGCUCGCCCACCCUCAGUCAUACUGGAGCCAGAUGUGUUCCCUGGAAACUGCUGGGCCUUUGAAGGUGACCAAGGUCAGGUGGUGAUCCGACUGCCAGGCCAUGUGCAGCUAAGCGACAUCACCCUACAGCAUCCUCCACCCACUGUGGCACACACUGGAGGAGCCAGCAGUGCACCCCGGGACUUUGCAGUCUUUGGGCUCCAAGCUGAUGAUGAGACGGAAGUGUUCUUGGGAAAAUUCACCUUUGAUGUGCAGAAAUCUGAAAUUCAAACUUUCCACCUACAGAAUGACCCUCCAUCAGCCUUCCCCAAGGUGAAGAUUCAGAUUCGAAGCAACUGGGGCCAUCCCCGUUUCACAUGCUUAUAUCGAGUCCGUGCCCACGGCGUGCGGAUCUCGGAGUGGGCAGACAGUGCUACAGGGGUCACUGGGGGACCCAAUUAAAAAUGCUGAUGGUUGAGAUUUGUGCAUCAGUGCUGGGAGGUCACC